AUGUAUGGAAGCAUCACAAGUGUUAAGGCAACUUAUCUGAUAUUUACGACUAUGUAUAUUGCUAUAGCAGCAGUGGAUUAUAGCCAAACCUUUGGAAAAUCAAUCCUAACUUCUUCAAUUCAGAUUGCCUAUAACCAGCAUAAGGAUUUCUUCUUGAAAUUGUUGAAGGAUAUUGAGCAAGAGCAAAUAAUCAACACCAUUCUUCUAGUGCACCAAGAGGAAGAUGCUCCACAAGCCCUAGUGCAAGCAGUUCAACGAUUUCAAAUACCACUUUUGCUGAUUACCAACGCACAGUACAGUUUUAUUGUGAAAAAAAAUUUUAGUACAGAAAUUUUGGCCAUAAUUGUAAUGAGUUACACUUUUGAUGUUGAACUAAUGAAACUUAUAGCUGGUAUGCUGAACUAUAUACGCCAAACAAGAAUACUCAGUAUUGCUUAUGAUGUAUGCGAUGAAGAUGUAUACAAGCAACAUUUGUUAUUGUCCUGUCAAAGCUUCAAUAUGACCAAUGUUCUGCUAUACUUCAAAAAAUCCAAGGAGAAAACUGCUGCUACAGAAUAUUUCCUAUUGAAACCUUAUCCUUAUUAUCACUGGGACACUUUUAUUGAAGAUAAUGUGAAUCACAACUAUACAAAUCAAUAUUAUCAGCAACACUGGAAAAAUAUGCACAACAAAACCCUAUUGACCUAUGUGGAUAAAAGCGAUCUCAAAUCUUUUUAUUUCAAAGAUAUUGAGGGUAACCUAAAACUCAAUGGAUUUGUGGUUAGAUUGAUUUUACUGUUUGCUCAAAAGUAUAAUGCCUCCUUGCAAAUGGCACAUCCUUUGAGUCUUAGCAAUCCCACACACUAUUCGGUAAUACAUGAGCAUAUGGUGAAAACUCAUCUAAUAGAUAUUCCCAUGAUAAUGGAUACAAGCUCUGAAGGCGAUGAAUGGCUUGACUGGUCAGAUGUUUAUGAUUAUGAUCAGGGCAUGUUUAUGGUACCUUGUGCCCAAGCCCUUAGCCUACAGGAGGUCUAUGCCAUACUAUUGAAUGAAUACUUCAUGGGCUGUCUCUUUGUUAGCACCAUACUACUGUCUCUGAUGCACUCAUUGAUCGAUUAUACUUUUGAUGGCUUAUGGCAGUUAACUCAUCUAUGCUUCAGCAAUAGAAUAUUUCCUGGAGUUUUAGGUCAAGCCUUCAAAGCCCGCCUCACCCAUAGUCGCAGUCUGAAAGUGGUCUAUCUUUUAUUGUUUAUAGUGGGACUGCACAUCAAUACCCAAUUUUCGGCCACUGUCAAAACCCUUUUUACUCAACCACCCCGCCAUAGGCAAAUCGAAACUAUCGAUGAUCUUGUGAAAUCCUCUUUGAAGAUUCUUCUCUUUAAGGCUGAUGCCGAUAUCAUGGCCCCCUUCAUAGGCGAUUACAAGAGCUCAGUUGUAACAACGGAAAACUUUAGCUUUGUGGAAGAUAUGCAGCUACAGCUUAAUACCACCUACAGUUAUUACACCCCAUCGGGCCGUUGGAAAUUUCUAAUGAAGCAACAACAGUUCCACACCAACAAGGCAUUUUGCACCUUUGAAAAUCUAACUCUAUUUCCUGGCUUACCCUGGGCAAUACCCUUACCACCGAACUCGCCAUACAAGGAAGCCUUGAAUCAACUCAUCAAUCAAGUUCAUGAUAUGGGCAUGACAACUGCCUGGGUAUCCAGCACAUUUUAUGAUAUGUUAAAGCUCAAAAUAAUGACUCUUCUUGAUAUACAAGUGAAGAAGGGUCCCAAAGCCAUAACGAUGCAUGAUCUAUUCUGGACUUGGAUAAUGGUGAUGAUUGGUUUACUUAUCAGCUGUUUGGUCUGUUGGCUGGAGCUUAUUUGGAGGCAAUGCGAGAAGGCAUUUCUCAAUAAAAGAUGA